UUUACUCCUUCCAUUACCCUUCUUCCUGGCGCUUUCUCCCUCCAAUUUUAUAUUUUUCUAGUUACAUGUCAGUCAUGUUCUAUCUCCCGCCAUUAAAAUCAUUUCUUUCAAGCUCAUUUUCACUCUCAACCAUUAUCUUCAUCUCUCUUUCUCUCUAUUCUUUACACAUUUCUUUUUUUAUUUCCAAAUCAAAGAACCAGUUGAAAUUUUAAAAAUUCAAAAUUAUACCGUCAUCACGAGUACAGAUUGAAAUGGUAAGUAGAUAAAGGUAGAAGAUGAAGGGAUGCUUUGAAGGAUACGACCGUUGGUAGCUUUUAUGAAGGAGAUAAUGAUAUUUGUUCUUAUAAACCCUAAAUCAAAUCUGACGUCAAGUAGGCUUUGAAUUUAUCCUAAACCUAUCAAUUAAGGAAAAAUGAGAAAAUUGUUUCUCACAUUCCUUAUAAUCGUUUUCACAAUCAAUUAUUACCUAUUCAUUCAUCUUCCCGUAAUCUUCUGUAAAAGGAAAAAAAAAAUCAUGAGGAUAAGGAGAAUUGAGAAACAUCGAAUUUGGAAGGAUGACCAAAAUUGAAUGUUACUAUAAAUCAAGCAGCUCUGAUUUUAACCUGGCCGUCAUCCUAUGUAGUGAAUUUCUUAUUGUAAUGUUUACUAGAGAAAACCCUUAAUUUCUUUAUCUUUUUCAUCCUCUUCUUUGAGCAGCCUCCAUUUCUGAAGAACUAUAAAAGCUUGCUUACUGGCUUGAAGUUGGGAUUCUGGACAUUUAUUGAGGAAUGGGGAGAAAAAGGAAUGCAAGUGCUGACAAUUUGACUUCCGAUUUUCUUAAAACCAAUGGGCACAGUAGUGAAGCGAAAAAAGGAAAAUUAGUUGAAGAUGGAGAUGAAGCCGACAGGGAAACUGCAUUGGCUUCUCGGAGAAUAACAAAACGUUCUGCAGAAAGAAUGAUUCGUCUGUCUGAGAAAAAUGACCUCGUGGUUCCAAAAAUGGAGCCUACUGUUGAAAAUGAGAGAACUGCUAUUGGUUUGACAACAGGGCAUGAUGAUCCCAGACCUAAUCGACGUCUCAUAGACUUCAUCUUUCAUGAUGAAGAUAGGAAACCACAACCUUUAGAGAUGCUGGAAGUUACAAACCUGUUUAUUACCGGUGUAAUCCUGCCACUAGAGUCUUGUGGUGACCUGAAUAAUAAUAAGGGGGUAAGAUGUGAAGGUUUUGGUCGUAUUGAGUCGUGGGAUAUCUCUGGCUAUGAUGAUGGCACACCAACUAUUUGGAUAUCCACAGAAAUAGGUGAUUAUGAUUGUGGGAAUCCUGCUGCAUCCUACAAGAAAACUUAUGGGCUUUUGUACGAGAAGGCACGUGCAUGCAUUGAAACUUACAAAAUACUCUCCAAGUCUUUAGGAGGUAAUCCUGAUAUAACUUUUGAUGAAUUGAUUGCUUCACUAGUUCGCUCAAUGAGUGGAAGUGAAAAUUUUCUGCGAAGUGCCUCUAUCAAAGACUUCAUCCUUUCACAGGGUGAGUUUAUUUAUAACCAGCUAAUUGGAUUGGAAAAUACAUCCAAUAAGGAAGAUCAUAAAUUUUUGGACCUGCCCGUGCUUCUCACCCUUCGCAAUGAGGGUAAAAAGAGGAGGGCAUCUGCACCGCAGAUUGUGGAUCCCUUAUACCGGGCACCUUAUACGUGCUUGAUAAUGCGGGCAGCUCCUAUUGAACGCCCAAAGAACCGGCGGUCUAGGAAUAAGAAGAAAAGCACAGGGCAAGCUACUUCAAACAAGUGCUACAUCAUGAUUAAUGAAGAUGAAAUUGCAGCAGACUAUCCUCUCCCUGUAUACUACAAGCCUAACGAUGACGAGAUCGAUGAAUACAUCAUUUUUGACAAUGAUAUGGAUGUCAUUACUUUAAAUGGGCAGCCUAAGAACACGCUUCAUAAUUGGUCACUUUAUAACUCCGACUCACGAUUAGUUUCUUUGGAACUUCUUCCAAUGAAGCCUUGUGACGUUGAUGUUGCCAUUUUUGGGUCCGGAAUUGUCAAAAAUGACAAUGAUAGUAGUUUUUGUUUUGAUGCUGAUGAUCAAUCUUCAUCAGUUUCUUCUGAGGCACGGGUUAUGGGUGGAAUUCCUAUUUAUUUGGGUACUAUAAAGAAAUGGAUGAUUAAUGUUACCGAUUCCAUAGUAUGCAUAUCACUUAAAACCGAGAAAGCUUGGUAUAGGCUUGGGAAGCCAUCAGAGCAAUAUGCUCCUUGGUAUGGACCAGUUAUUAAAACAGCAAGGCUAGCAGCUGGCAUCAUUACACUGUUGAAAGAGCAGACUCAUGUGGCACAUCUGUCCUUUGAAGAAAUUGUCAUAAGAGUGGCAGAGUUUGAAGAGAACCACCCUGCAUUCAUAUCAAAAAAUCAUGCUAUGGUAGAAAGGUACAUGGUUGUCCAUGGUCAGAUCUUACUUCAACAGUUCUAUAAGUAUCCCUAUGAUACAAUCCGGAACUGCUCUUUUGUGACUGAUCUUUACAAUAAAAUGCUUGCAAGGCAUCACUCAAAAUGGAUAGUGAAGAAGGCUUUGAUAGGGACAGGAAAAAACUUGAAUCCUAUAGCUAAUAUGGUUCCCAUUGCUAGAAUGAAGUUAAUGCCAGCCACAACCACUAGAUUGAUCUACAGAAUAUGGAGAGAAUUUUAUUUAAAAUUUUCAUUGGAGGAGUCCAAGCAGGGAGUUGCUUCUUACCUGAAAAAGGAAGAAGAUUUCGAGGAGGAAAAGGAAUUGAGAGUCUUUGAUGAGAAAACUAGCAAAAUAUAUGGUUCAAGUGGGAAUAGAACACUUACAUAUUCCUAUCAGGAUAACAAAUGUGUGAGAGAGCCAAUACCUAAAAUCAGUGCUAGUGAGACCUUCUGCAAACAGGCCAAUGUUUUUGGAUAUACAAUUGGUGUUGGGGCUUGCGUCCUUGUUGAAAUGGUCAAGUCAGAAGAUCUGCCCUCCAUCUAUUUUGUGGAAUAUAUAUUUGAAAUAAAAGGUGGCAAAAAAAUUGCCCAUGGACGACUGAUGCUUAGAGGAUCUCAAACUAUUCUUGGUAAUGCUGCUAAUGAGAGAGAACUAUUUUUGACACAUGAUUGCUUUGAGUUUGAAUUGGAGGAUAUUAAACAAAGCAUACAGGUUGAAAUUCGCCAGGUUCCAUGGGGAUAUCAGCACCGGAAUGCUAAUGCUGUAAUUGACAAGAUUGUCAGGGAAAAUGCAGUGGAGAGGAAGAGAAAAGGGUUACCAUUAGAAUAUUACUGCAAAAGCUUGUAUCAUCCUGAUAAAGGUUUCUUUUCUUGUAUACCAAACAACUCAAUGGGAAACGGAAAUGGUACCUGUGACGCUUGCAACGCCAAAGAAGCUAAAAAAGGUAAAAAACACCUAAAAGUGAACUCCUCUGGAUCUUGCUUUAUUUAUGAUGGAGCUGAGUACACUGCUGAGGACUUUUUCUAUGUUGCUCCACAACAUUUUGCGGAAGAUAAGAAGGAGAAUGUAACUUUAAGUAGUAGCAGUAAUGUGGGCUUGAAACCCUAUGUGAUUUGUCAGCUCUUGGAGAUUAAGAUUUCUAAGGCUUCUCAGAAAUAUGAUCUCGAGUCUGUAAAGAUUUUCGCAAGGAGAUUUUUCAGACCAGAAGACAUCUCAGCAGAGAAAGCGUAUCACUCCGACAUUCGUGAGGUUUACUUAUCUGAAGAACAAUACUUAUUGAAUGUAGCUGCCAUCCAAGGGAAGUGUUACGUCAGAAGAAAGCAUGAUAUAUCAUCUUUAGACUAUCCUGCUAUCUAUGAUCACAUCUUCUUCUGUGAACAUCUUUAUGACGCUAACUCUGGAGCUAUCAAACAGUUGCCUAGCAAUAUCAGACUUCACUCGGUGUUUGAUGAGUCCAUGUCCAGAAAGAAGGAAAAGGGCAUAGAAGGUGAUCAUGUUGAAGAUGUAAAUCAAAAGGGUGAAUCUUUGACGAAGCGAUUGGCAACUCUUGAUAUCUUUGCUGGUUGUGGUGGUCUUUCUGAAGGUUUGGAACAAUCAGGUGUUGCACAAACCAAAUGGGCAAUUGAGUGCGAGGAGCCAGCAGGUGAAGCAUUCAACCUAAAUCAUCCAGGGGCUUCAGUGUUCGUAAACAAUUGCAAUGUGAUCCUUAGGGCAAUCAUGUCAGCUUGUGGGGAUGAUGAUGACUGUAUAUCUGCUCCUGAAGCUUGUGAGGAGGCUAGGAGGCUAGAUGAGAAGGUUAUCAAGGAUUUUCCUAAACCUGGGCAAGUGGAUUUUAUUAUUGGAGGACCCCCAUGUCAGGAUUUUUCAGGAAUGAAUAGUUUCAGCGAAAUUGCUUGGAGUAAGGUUCAAUGUGAAAUGAUCCUGGCCUUUCUAUCAUUUGCUGAUUAUUUCCGUCCUAAAUAUGUGCUUUUGGAGAACGUGGGGAAUUUUGUAUCAUUCAACAAAGGGCAGGCAUUUCGUUUAUCCCUGGCUUCUCUUCUUGAGAUGGGUUAUCAGGUUAAAUUUGGUAUUCUUGAAGCCGGAGCAUUUGGUGUUUCCCAGUCACGUAAACAUGCGUUUAUCUGGGCUGCACCUCCUGAAGAGACGCUGCCUGAUUGGCCCCAGCCAAUACAUGUUUUUGCUGGUCCGGAGCUCAAUGUAACUUUGAAUACCAAUACUCAGUUUGCUGCUGUGCGAAGUACAGCAACUGGUGCUCCCUUCCGUUCAAUUACAGUCAGGGAUACUAUUGGAGAUCUGCCUGCUGUUGGAAAUGGGGCUUCUCUAGCAAUUAUGAAGUUCAAAAAUGAGCCUGUAUCGUGGUUUCAUAAAAUGAUCAGAGGGGAUAUGAUGGCUAUAACGGAUCACAUAUCUAAAGAAAUGAACGAGUUAAAUUUAAUACGCUGUCGAAUUAUUCCAAAACGACCUGAUGCCAAUUGGCGAGACCUUCCAGAUGAGAAGAUUAAGCUGUCUACUGGACAGAUGGUUGAUACGGUUCCAUGGUACCUGCCCACGGAAAGGCACAAUCAGUGGAGGGGUCUAUUUGGACGGUUGGAUUGGGAAGGAAACUUUCCGAGCUCCAUCACUGAUCCACAAUCUAUGGGCAAGAUUGGGAUGUGCUUUCAUCCUGAUCAGGAUAGGAUAGUCACAGUUCGUGAAUGUGCUCGAUCUCUUGGCUUUCCCGAUAACUAUAGGUUUGCUGGUAAUAUCCAAGACAAGCACAGGCAAAUUGAUAGUGCAGUUCCACCACCUUUGGCCUUUGCGUUGGGUAGGAAACUCAAAGAAGCUGUUGACAAGAAAGGUUCGGUUUGAUAAUGUCGUGAUUCCGAUGCAACAAAUCGUUCCAAGUUCAUCAUUCUCCUGGAUGUGAUGUACUAGAUUCCUUCUUUGUUCUCCAUUAAACUACACAGAACUGAGUUUUUGAAGUUUGAACUAUAAUUAGUUUACAAGUGCAUUAUAUUUAUGGAUUUCAAUUGUGUUUUUUACUCUAAACAACACAACAUAAACAGACCGUCGUUAACAUUUUAAAACACAAAAUAUUACAGGGAUUUGAGACCUUUAUAAGUUUGUAUUUGAUAUUAAAGUAUUUUUUUCAUAUUUCUUUUAAUAAUAUAUGGGUGUGUUUUUUCUAGUUUUGUU